AUGACUCACGUAUUAACAGUUAUUUCUCAUACUGAUUCCCUUGAUCAGAGUAUCGCUUCCAAGUUUUUCUCCGAAUGGAAAGUCACAGUCACUUCAGAAAAGACGCUAUCAUCUCGUGCAACUGACUACUUCACAGAUUUGACUCCACAAGAUGUAGAACGCAUCUCCAAUUUGAUUAAAGACGAGAUCACUAAAGACACUAAAAUUGAUAUCAUUUUACAAUCAGUUGAAACCAGAACAAAGAAAUUAGUGGUUUUCGAUAUGGAUUCAACCUUAAUAUACCAAGAAGUUAUUGAAUUAAUAGCUGCUUAUGCUAAUAUCGAAGAUAAAGUAGCAGAAAUCACUGAAAGAGCUAUGAAUGGAGAAUUAGAUUUCAACCAAUCUUUGUACGAAAGAGUAAAAUUGUUAAAGGGAAUCAACUCAACUAAAAUUUGGGAUGAAUUGAAAACCAAGAUUCAAAUCACUGAAGGUGUCCCAAAACUUUGUAAAUUCUUAGUAUCUCAGGGAUUCGUAUUGGCUGUUUGUUCAGGUGGAUUCAUUCAAUUAGCCAAUUAUAUCAAAGAGACCCUUCAAUUAAACUAUGCCCAUGCUAACGUUUUAGGUGUUGAUGACAAUGGUGUUUUAGAUGGUACAGUAAUUGGAGAAAUUGUCAAUGGUGAUAAAAAAGCCGAAUUAUUAUUAGAGAUUUCCAAGAAACACAAUAUAGAUAACAAUUCCACUUUGGCUAUUGGAGAUGGUGCAAAUGAUUUAAAGAUGAUGAGUGUUGCAAAUUUUGGUAUUGCUUGGAAUGCCAAACCUAAGGUUCAAAAAUUAGCUCCAUCUAAAUUGAACUCCAAUACUUUAUCUGAUGUUCUUUACAUCUUAGGUUACACAGAUGAAGAAAUUAAUAGAGUAUAG